AUGACCUUCACCUGCGGAACGUGCUGGCGGGAGUUUCCGGCGGGCUGGCACUCGCGUUGGCAACACCUCAACGCGACCGGCCAUCAGAUCCCUCUUAACGAGUGCGAGUCUUGCGAUCGUUAUUUCUGCAACCGCCAUGCAGUCGAGCAACACAUGGACGCCCUCAGUCACUGGGCCAGUGACGUCGACACUGAUGACCCUGGGUACGAGUGUGACGACUGCUCGGACUGCUUCUCCGAUGAGGAGGAUCUCCGCGACCAUGAGGUCCAGGAUCACCACUACUGUGACCCGUGCGACCGUUACUUCAAAAACUACAACAGCAUUCGCCAGCAUCUGAACUCUCGGGCCCAUCGCGGUAGCAGCGCCCUUCAGUGCCCCUUCUGCAACCAGCCGCGCAACACGGCCACCGGUCUCAUCCAUCACCUCGAGCGGGGCGGCUGUCCCAGCGCACCUCUUGAUCGCGACAAGCUCUAUGAAGCCAUCCGAAAACGCGAUCCCAAAGGCAUCAUAUCAAAGAAUCUUUUGGAGUGGCACAGCUCUCCGACUUACAAUGCUACGGAGCGAGCCUACAAUACGGCCGCCGAAGCCUACGAGUGCUAUCUCUGUCACCGACUCUUCAGCGCGCUACACAGCCUGGACUCCCACUUGAACUCGUCGGUACACAAGCAGACCCUCUAUCACUGCCCCAACCGUAGUUGUGGCCGUGAUUACAAAACCCUUGCAGGAGUUAUCAAUCAUUUGGAAAGCGAAUCUUGCAAUUUCAUGCGUUUUGACUCUCUUCAGCGCAACAUCGAGAGAAUCGUCGAUUCGCGCCGUAUGAUAUCCUUCUGA